UUGGCGAUUCCACCGUUAAACAAACCACUGAUCACGAACCCACGACCUUGAAACCAAUCGGCGUCUUCUCCCGUGCUCUCGCCGUUUACAAACCGCUGCGACCUGCUCUUACUCCUCCAACUCUUCCUUGAGCAUCGACUCCUCCGAUACACUGCUCAGCAAAGGUCCAGUUCUCAGCCAGCUACAAUGCCGACCACCACUGCGGAAACCCUCUCGCUGGUUACGAGAAACGUCUCUGUCGCUCCGCUUGUCCUCCUCUCCGCAGUUGACCACUACAACCGAACAGUACACAACAAGACAAAGAGGCGGGUGGUUGGAGUCCUCCUCGGCCAGAAUGAUGGAAAGAACGUGAGGGUGUCGAACAGCUUUGCGGUCCCUUUCGAGGAGGAUGAAAAGGACCCUUCAGUAUGGUUCCUGGACCACAACUACGUCGAGUCUAUGAACGACAUGUUCAAGAAAGUAAAUGCGCGCGAGAAGCUGGUGGGGUGGUACCACACUGGACCAAAGCUCCGUGCCUCUGAUCUCGAGAUCAACGAGCUGUUCAAGCGCUACACACCUAAUCCUCUACUGGUCAUUAUUGAUGUCCAGCCAAAGGAAUCGGGUGUCCCUACCGACGCGUACUUUGCCGUCGAAGAAAUCAAGGAUGAUGGAACGACGACUUCUCGAACUUUUGUCCACACACCGUCGAUUAUCGAGGCUGAGGAAGCGGAGGAGAUUGGUGUUGAGCACUUGCUAAGGGAUAUCCGUGACGUUGCUGUUGGCACUCUGUCCACGCGCGUCACUAACCAGCUCCAGUCUCUUCAAGGACUGCACCUUCGGUUACGAGACAUUGGUGCCUAUCUCCAGAAAGUCCUUGAUGGACAGCUCCCCGUCAACCAUACGAUCCUUGGCAACCUACAAGACGUUUUCAACCUUCUCCCCAACCUCUCUACACCAGACGAUGACAGCAAAGCGGGAAGCCACGAACUAUCACAUGCCAUGAGCAUCAAGACCAACGACCAGCUGAUGGCCAUCUACCUGAGCAGCUUGAUACGCGCCAUCACUGCAUUCCACGAUUUAAUAGAGAACAAGAUCCAGAACCGACAGCAGCAGGACGAGAAGGAGCCAAAGAAGGACGAGGCCACUAAUAAGGAUGAGAAGAAGGACGGCGCUGUGGCCACCGCAAACGGAGAGGGCAAGGAGAGCAGCGACAAGGAGAAGCCCAAAAAGAAAUAAUGAAAGGGAAAGGUCAAUUUGAUGCCGUCUGAAUUUUGGUAGGCGAGCAGUGCUUAAAGUAAUAAGUGAAAUGGUGCUUUCUAUAUGUUGAUGAUAGCAAACUGCUAGGCAAAAAUCAACUCAAAUAGACACUUUGCAUGAUUCACCUGUCCUGUGCAAAUUGAAAUGCGUGAAAUCAGUGACCCCCAAUUAUGCCGGCCAACUCUUCCUUUGUUGUGUAUCUAUCUUGGACGUGGCCGCCAGGAGUCUUCCUCCAUUUCUCCGCCAACAAGCAUGCGAGAAGGUGUUUACAGCACGGAAAAUCCUCGAGUGAUGUCAAUCUAUCCAGCCCCAAGUUGCCGAACAAUCCCUUCGGUGGAGAGUUUUGAACUUUGUCGCUACUAUUGGCCACAUCGUAGUGGGAAU